AUGAGACUUAUUAGAGACAUAGGAAUUGUAAAAAGGUCUUGUAAUGUGGUAAAAGUUGGUGAUAAGCUUCAAAUCACGAGUCAUCGUGCUAUACUCAACCGCCGAUACGCUAAUUUAUCCUUUGACAUUGAUAAGCACGGCAUUCGUGAACCUGUUACAGUUCUGAAAAGGCUGGAAGAUUACAAUUCCGACAGUACUCUUUUGACAGUUAUCCUUUUGGGGCAAGAAGCGAUUGUGAGAAAGUAUUACACCAAAGAAGCUGUUGCUGUAUGGGGUUUCUAUGAUGGCGUUCGACCACUAUCAGUUCCAGUCUGUGGGUUUUCCAAUGAGCUAUGCCUUCCAUCUGUUUGGGAAAGAUAUUUGGAGGUGGUGGGUAGGGAAGGCGGAGGCAGAACAAGUGGGACGUUAACAUGGAGGAGCGGAAAGCGGGAAAGAGGAAUUUUGCAGCAGAUAGAAAGAAACAGCGAAGAAACAGGCUGUCAUGGCGUUGUAGAACUGCAUGGAGGCUUGCGUCAGAAAGAGAGUGACAGUCCUGGUGCAGCUCCUCAUCUGCAGCUUAGAUUUAAAUUUUACUCGUCACUUCCAAAAGUGUUCUGA